AUGCCGUCGUUGACUAACAUCUUGCUUCACAGCAUUGCCUAUAUGGCAGAGAAGUUCCCUGACAGAUGGAUGGAGAAGAUCCCAUACUAUCGCGAAAGAGAAGAAGAGAUAGAGCAAGAGGAGCGUGAGGCACGUCGUGCUCGCAAGGAAAAGGAAAGGCGCAGACGCUCUCACUCUCACAAACGCUCUAGCAGCCACCGCAGAGCCCGCCACUACGAUGACGAUGAACAUUCUGAAAGCUACGACGAAGAAGACUACGAUCGUCGUGAUCGCAGAAGACACCAGAGUCUUGAUGGACGUCGUCAGCAUGCUGAGGAUAGAUCCUCGUACCGCAGAUCCUACAACCCUGCCGACUAUGCUCCCGUCGACAGAUACGGCUUCGCUGUUCAGGCUCCUGGCAUCUCUCGUCCCGUCGUGAAUGGACCCAUGCCUGGUGCAGCUCCUGCUCAGACUCCCUCCAAGAAUGGCUCUCGUCCCACCUCCAGAUCUGGACCAAUUCCUGGCUACGUUCCUUAUGCCAAUGUCUACAACACAACCGCUCAGUCACAGCACUAUUCUCGCGGUUAUGAAUCUCACGACUCUCCUCGUGGAUCGAUGGAUCGCCUUGAUCGCAGAGACUACCGUCCUGAUCAACGUGGUGGAAGAUACCAUGAUACCCACAACUCUGGCAGUGAUGAAGAUACCAGAUAUCGCCGCCGUAACAGUCGCUUCGACUAG